CAUACAGCGGUUAGUUACAUUCAAUAUAAUGAAGUCCCUCUCAAUUCUUUUAAUUGUGAUUCUCCCAGUGAUCCAUUUCUCACAAGCGGAAGUGUACGGCGGAUAUGGACCGGAAAUCCUAGCUUCACCAAAUAUUCAGGCAUUGGUCGACAAGCACACGGCGGAUAUCUACAGAGUGCUACCUUUAGGAUUCUAUCAGGGAGCCCCCGGUCCACCGGUUCUACGGGCGGUCACCUACAGGAUGCAAAUAGUAGCAGGGAGUAACUACCUCAUUAAGGUGAACACCGGUUAUAACCGCUUCAUUUUUGUCAACAUUUUCAAAGACCUAUCCAACAACUCCCGUGUCAUCAACAUCAGAAUUUGAUCAAUCGUUAUAUACUUAUGUUUAUUAUACAUUGAAAGUAAUAAAGCAUAUGUUUCUUUCUU